AGGGAAAGCCCUGGCUAUGGAGAAGUACCAGGCUCUCGGUCUCGUGGGGGAAGGCAGCUACGGGGUGGUGACCAAAUGCCGAAACAAAGACAGCGGGCAGAUUGUCGCGGUCAAGAAGUUCCUGGAAAGCGAGGAUGAUGCAACGGUGAAAAAGAUGGCCCUGCGGGAGAUCAAACUGCUGAAGCAACUCAGACAUGAGAAUCUCGUGAACCUGCUGGAAGUGUAUAAAAAGAAGAAACGGUGGUAUCUGGUGUUUGAAUUUGUGGAUCACACAGUGCUUGAUGACCUCGAGGCAUUUCCAAAUGGACUGGACUACAGCAGAGUUCGGAAAUACUUAUUUCAGAUCAUAAGAGGAAUAGCGUUCUGUCACAGUCACAAU